CAAGGUCUGGACCAUAUGGCGGGCAUGUGCCUCUUGGCGUUGGCCUCUGAAAUCUAUGAGGGCAUCGAAGAGGACGCCUUCUGGCUGCUUGCCAUGCUUUUAGAGGACGUGCUGGACCCAGACUUCUACGGAGCGGAUGUGCGGGGGAACCUGAAGAUGGUGAACAUCGGCGGUCUUGGCUUGAGGUCCUUCAUUCUGGACAAGGCCCAGGUGUACUGCCCCUCCAUCUCCCAAGCCUUGGGCCAAGAAGCCCUGAAGAGCUGCCUCGGCUCCUUGCUGGACAGCUGGGUGCUGUCCUGCUUCAUCGGCUGCGCCCCCCCGCGGCUCUUGGAAACCUUCUGGGACCAUCUUCUUCUUCCAUCUCCGUAUCAUUCGGAAUCCAGGUGCAGCCCGAUAGGGCUCCUCGUGUUUGUGGGCUUUGGCCUUUGCGCAUUGAAAUGUUGCGGUGAAGAGCGCUACAAGGAUUCCCAGGAGCUGAAGCGGUUGGCUGAGCGGAGGAAGCACAUCGAGUUGGAGGAUUUGUUGCUGGAGGCAACAGAGCUGGUCUUCACCAUGAAGAGCACACUGCAGAAGUGGCCGGAGGAGCAGGAUGCGACCUUCAUAGAGCACUUCACGCAGAUCAUGGUGGAGCUGGCAGAGAGCCCCGGCGACUUUGAUGGUCUCUGGGAUGAGGUUCGGCGCCGCAAGCAGGCCAUCGCCGACUGCGCCGGGAAUGUUGAUGAGCAGCUGACGACCUUGGCCCAGCGCACACACUUCAGCCUCGAUGAGAUCACGCGCUUGCGAAUUGCAGUGGAGACCAUGAAGCAAAAUUCCAAGCAGCCAGCCCUGCUGGACCUCGACAGCUUCAAGGAGCUCGUGAAGCGCGCGGUGCCGCAGUUCCCGACUGAGCUGUGCGGGCGACUCUUCACGAAGCUGGACUGCUUCAGCGUGGGCCGCCUCGCCUUUGUGGAGCUGGCCUGUGGCAUGUCAGCUUUGGCUUUGGGAACGAUGGACGAAAAGUUGCAAGUUUGCUUCGACCUCUUUGACUCUGAAGGACGAGGAGGGUUGAUGCUGAGCGACGUGAUGGAGCUGUGCGCCACUCUCUUCCGAGUGGCCUUGAUCCAAUCCAACAAUCGACCUCUCUCGCGUGGCGAUGAGGUCAUACCGCGCCUGCAACGGUUGGCCAGAGAGGAGGCAGCUUCCUCGUUCCCUGCGGCCAGCAGUGCGCUGUCUAUGCUGCCUAUGACCCCGCCGACCUCGCGGAAUGCUUCCUUGGUAGACCGGUCCAUGAAGCAGAACACUCCGUACUAUUCACUUCUUUGCCGUCUUCUUGCAGCCGCCAAGGUGCAAAGCCCAGAAGGACGGCGCCUGGUGGCCUUCGAGGAUUUCGCCACUGCCGCACGUAUGGAGCCGGCGCUGCUGUGUCUCUUCACUUGGUGCCAGCCCAAAUCCAGAUCGAGUCCGGCGUUCAUGUUCGAGAGUACCAUCAGCCCCGACCAGAACGGCAGGGCUCGCAACUUCGUAUCACGCAUGUGCUGCUGCAUUUGCAAUUGGCUGCGUGGUCGGUCGUGACA